GGGGCGGUUGGUGUGCGCGUUGGUACGGCGUUUGUGGGCAAAAAUUUAGCUGAAAAUCCCUCGAUUCGGUGUCGGAAAUAGUGUCUUCCCGCGGCCAACAGUGUUCCGGAUUGGGUCGGCAUCGAGUUUAGUGUGAAAAAUACGAAACAUCACCGUAUUUUACCGAAUCUCUCCGAGGACGACGAGCGCGUGCCUUUUUCCGCGUCAUCUUUGUGUGUGUUUGUGGGAAUUGAACCUGUGUGCGUGUUUGUGUGCGUGGGGUUGUGUGUGCGCCGCCUGCGUGAUUUUCUGUAUCGUUAGUGGUGUUUUCCCGCAAACUUAGUAGCAAUGUCUCAAAAAACGAAAACCCGCUCCGGCGUGUCGACACCGGUGCCGUUCACGGCCAGCACGCCGCUGCAGGGUGAAAGCGGCGCGUCCUCACGCCACCAACGCCCGGCAAGCCCGCUGAGUCCGACGCGCCUUUCGCGGCUGCAGGAGAAAGCCGACCUGCAGGGCCUGAACGACCGGCUGGCGGCCUACAUCGACCGGGUGCGCUUCCUGGAGCAGGAAAAUACGCGCCUCUCAACCGAGGUGACCACCUCGCAGGAAAUCGUCACCCGAGAAAUCACCAAUGUCAAGUCCAUGUACGAGCGCGAGCUGUCCGACGCCCGCAAGCUGCUGGACGAAACGUCCCGCGAACGGGCCAAGCUCGAGAUGGAUGCCAAGCGUCUGUGGGAGGAAAACGAAGACCUAAAGAGAAGAUUGGAGCGAAAGACGAAAGAGGCGGCUGAUGCGGAGCGUAAUGGACGGGCUCAGGAAGCGCGGGCCAAUGAAAUCUCUGGCAAAUACAACACGCUCCUGUCAGAGCAUAAGAAGACGAAGGAUGAGCAGAAGGAGCUGGAGAAGGAGUUGGCCAAACUGAAGAAGCAGCUUGAUGCGGCCCGCAAGAACCUGGAAGAGGAAACGCUGGCACGCGUCGAUCUGGAAAACACGGUCCAGAGUCUGCGCGAAGAGCUGACAUUCAAGGACCAGAUUCAUCAGCAGGAAGUGAACGAAACGAAGAACCGUCGUCAAAUUGACAUCACCGAAAUUGACGGUGCACUCUCGCAGCAGUACGAGGCGAAGCUGCAGCAAACGCUGCAUGAUCUGCGCCAGGAGUAUGACGAUCAGCUGCGUAUUAAUCGCUCGGAAAUUUCCGAUCUGUACGAGACACGCCUACGUGAUCUUGAGGCGCAGAUGAACUUGGAACGAGUGCGCCACGCCGAGGAGAAGGCUAAACUGAUGGAAGAGCUGGAGCGCAUGCGCAAGGAGAUUUCGUUGCAACUGCAAGAGUAUCAGGACCUGAUGGACAUUAAAAUUACAUUGGAUAUGGAAAUCGCAGCCUACGACCGGCUGCUGUCGUCGGAGGAGACCCGCAUGCACAUCAAUCCCGGCAGUUCAACGUCCAUCUUCUCAUCUAGCUCGUCGCGCAGUGGUGCCGUCCGGCGUACGCCUAGCCGUGCUGCGGCUAAACGCAAGCGCACCGUGUUGGAUGAAUCGGAUGAGCGCAGUGUUUCCGAUUACUCGGUUACCUCGUCCGCCAAAGGGGACAUCGAGAUUGUGGAAUCAGAUCCAGAGGGAAAGUUUGUGAAGUUGCACAACAAAUCGGCCAAGGAAGUUCAAAUCGGAGGAUGGACGCUGAUCCGUAAGGUCGGUACCAAUGAAACGGUGUUCAAGUUCCACCGUACUGUCAAGGUUGAUGGUGGUGCAUUCGUUACCGUUUGGUCGUCUGAUCUGGGCAAGGACCAUGAGCCUCCAUCCACGAUUGUUAUGAAGGGACAGAAAUGGUUCAGCGGCGAUAGCAUGGUCACGCAGCUGCUGAACGCUGAUGGAGAGGAGGUUGCAGCUUCGGAGCGUGUGAAACGAGUUGUGUCCACUUCAGCCUCACGUCACCGCGAGUAUUUGGGAAAUUAUGGCGCUGAGGAGCUCUACCACCAACAGGGAGAACCACGAGGUGAUGAAAAGUGUCGCAUCAUGUGAAACCUCCCAAAUACCCCGGAAACAGGCUUCACAGAGUAAACGAUGGAUGAUCCUGUAAUAUUUUAUAACUGUAAAGAUUAUCUUUGUUCACCCGUUCGGAGAAGGUGAACGAAUUAAGACGAAUAAUUUAACGAAAUGUCGUACCAUCCCGCGAACCAUCGUUAUCAUCGCAUUUCUGGUGGGUCCGGAGAGUGUUUUUGCGAAUUUUGAAUCUAAUAUUACCUAACUGCCGCGCGCGAGAGCACAGAUGAUUAGAUUACAGCUAGGCGCGGUGCCAUUGGUGGUGUGCUUGCCAGUACUCUAAUGGUUAGUACAUGGUAUAGCCGGGAGUGACGACGAUAUUUAAAUCCCUCACAAAAUUCCAAUUGAAUUGUGCUUCGUGCGCAUCAUUUGGAAAGUAGAUGCAACAGAAGAGCAAACCAAACAAAACCUAAAAGCAGCGCCAAGCACAGGCAUCAGAGGCCUUUUCCUGUACUAUCGAUCGAUCGAGUGUGUUGUGUUACAUUGUUGAACUGAAGGUGCAAUGGCAGCAAUCUGCAGGCUCCAACAUUAAUGGCAGGGAACUCUGUACAUCCGGAAGCGCGUGGUGUACUGUAUACAAACUGUACUUUUCUCCCUUCAUGAUUUGCAAAACAUCUAUAUCAAUGCCAUAUAUUCUCUGACUGUUUGGUGUUAGGCGCGCAUUUACUUCGCAUACGAAACCGAUAUGUGUUCGCACAAAAAAGCGUAAAGAAGAAGGACCAGGGAACAUUCGUUUGGAUGCGUACAUCUUUGUUUUCUUUUACGUGUCCUUCUCCCCUGGCCUAGUUAUGGUCGGUUCGUUCGUGUACGUUUUAAGUUUAAUACCUUGUAAGAAAACAUGUUGUGGUGCGGGUGCGAUCAGUAGAGCGAUCAGAUUUAGCAAUUAUUUGACUAAUAACAGUACUACACACUAGGGACGGUGGUGAUGCCAGAUCGCACCCUAGCCUAAUAAAUUUCAAUCUACUGCUAACGUUUUAUUUCCUCUCCAUUCUACGAUUAUUUCCCUUUUUACGUUAAUAAAUGGUAUUGCCUGAGUUGAACAAAAUCAAACCAUCACUCACUCACCACACAAAAGGGCACUUCCAGCCGAAAUACGCCGACAAGCAAAAAAAUUAACACGUAGUAAUAAUGCGAAAGAGAGAGUUGGAGAACAGAAAAGGUUUAUAAUAAAAAAAAUUGCAAAAUUUCUAUAUCUGUA